UUUAAUGGAGAAUUUCUGCACUUGGUAAGCAUCUCGAACACAGGUCGGAGGGAUUUAAAAAAAAGUUUUAAAACAUAUUAUUUCGUCAAGCGCGAUGCUGUUAGGAAGAUUUGUGAAAAGAUCACGAGAUUGAAUAUUUUGCCAAUUUUUAUGCUGCGUUGGCGAUAUUUUCGGCACCAAAACAUGGGGGACUGCGUGCCCCCCCCGAACUUAUGUUUGAGGGGGCUACGGACCCUCCUGCCCCCCCUCCCCCGCUCGGCCAUCUAUUCUCUUAUUGGGUAGAUAGGUCAACUAAGCAAAUGAAAAAAUUUAUUUCAGCUCAAGACAGUUGUCUACUAUUUUGUCUUGGUGAAGUAAUUGACGCUUCAGAAAAAAAUUAGCCGGUGAAAACGCUAACUAAUACUUUUGAAGAACACUGAUUAUAUGUUUACAUGCGUAGAAAGGAAAUGAUACUGCCAAGAUAGAGUCCUGUUCGAUCAAAUCUUCCGAAUAUUUCGAAUUUGUCAGAUAUCUUCAGGGACCUGUUUCUCAAAAAUUCUUGUGAUUUCCCAGGCCCGAAGCCAAAAUCUAAGGAAUGCUAGUGUGGGUAUUAGCUAAAAUUAACUCCAUUCUCUUUCGCUACGCGAUACUUUCACCGUUUGAAUUUCAAAACUAUUAGAAUCUAGAUCUUGCAUGUAAACACGGCAACCAAAAAAAGAAAUUCUUUAAAAAGCGAGAACCACUUCUACUCUCCAGAAACGGACUCAACAUGAUGCUGACAUGACUUCCUCCGCUGCAAUCCACGACAGAAGAGAGUACGCAACUGACUGAUUACAUAACGGAUGGCUGGAAAGAAAACCUGUGUCAUGUGUCGUGGGUCACGCUUCCGAAUUUAGACAAUGAAAAGUUCCAAAUGACCCGUGAUUAUCACUUCCAAAUUUAGACUAUGAAAAGUCACUGGCAUGAGGAUCAUGUUCGGCCACUUAUAAAUACUAAUGGAAGUCAGUUCCUUUGGGACUCUUAAACUGUGACGGAAGACGACUCGACGUGAUUUUUGUUACACGGGAAAAAGCUAGUAAUAAUAGAUAAGGAACGGACGGGAAACAUUCGACAAGGAAGUUCAGCGUUAGAGAAAAUCAAAGCAUUUCGUAAUCUGAACCCGUGUCAGACAAAAAUACACACAUCAAAAGUUGGCAGGCACGAUUGAAAGGAACAUUAAUUUGAAACAACGGACUUUAGAACUAACGAAUAUAGGAUUCAACGUCUCUGAGCCAGCACUUCAUGCCAAUAAGACAUCUUUCUUCACAAAAGGCAAGCAUGGCAAGUGAAAUAGAAAACGUACGAAGAACAGACGAGCCUCCUACGAGAGCGUCCUUCAGGGAGCGUAACAAAUUCAUGGUGAAUAACAACCUCCUGAGCGAUGUCACGUUUAUUGUCAAAGACAGCGAUGGAGACAAGGAAAUUACAGUUUACGCUCACAAAUACGUUCUCGCUGUGGGCAGUCCUGUGUUUUUCACCAUGUUCUACGGCGCUUUGGCGACUGAAGGAGCUCAAGAGAUUCACCUUCCCGACUGCGAUGCCGACAGCUUUAAGGAAUUCCUCAGUUUUCUCUAUUGUGACGAGGUUUGCAUCUGCGAAGACACCGUAAUACAGUUGUUGUACCUGGCUAAGAAGUAUAUGGUGCCUUCUCUACACGAAAUGGCAAAAAAGAGGCUUCACAGUAUGAUUAAUGCAACAAGUGUAUUCGAAAUCCUUCCUUUGAUUCUCCAUCUUGACGAAGACGAUCUUGUUGACCAGUGCUGGAAGGUCAUCGAUAUCGACACGGAGCAAGCAAUAAAUCAGGACUCCUUCUAUGAGAUCGAAAGAGAUUUGCUGGAAAAAGUGCUAGAACGAGACGAGUUAACGAUCAGAGAGGUUAACCUUUUUGGUAGGGUAUUAGACUGGGCUAAGGUGCGUCAAAAUCCUCCAGAGAGCGACGGUAAAGAGAGCAACAUUCGUGAUAUUCUCGGGGAGAAAAUAAUUCGUCUGUUACGCUUCUCGACAAUGUCCUUCAAUGAAUUUACUUGCCUCGUAUCGACCACGGGAGUGCUUAAUGAAAAAGAAGUUUCUGCAAUCACACAAUUCUACCAGGGGUUCUGCCAAGAGAUCCCUAAGGAAUUUUGCGAGAGUUUCCCCAGGGGGAAAAUUUUCAGAUGCAAUAGAUUUUCGAACGUUUCCGAUACGGAGGUAUUGCCACGCAAGAGAAAAUGGAGUUACAAACGAGGAUAUGAGGACAGCAUAAGAUUCUCAGUCGAGGCUUCGAUCGUUAUAUGCGGCAUACGUCUGUUUGGCUUUGAACGCGCUUCGUACUACGUGGAAUUGUCGAUUUACCACGCGUCACGGAAGAGCAACAGUUGUCGUCAUGACCGUGACGCAUGUCACCUACCAAGUUUCUCUACAGCAGGUAUUUUUCAAAGCGAGGAAGACAGCACUAGCGAGUAUCACGGAUUUGAUGUCCUUGUUGAUCCACCGUUUUACUUGAAACACAAUACGGAUCUGAUAGUGCAAGUUAUCAUGCAAGGCCCGAAGUCCGAUUUUGGUGAAGGAGGCAAGAUGUCUCUCGACUGUGAAGGGGUUAGAUUCCAUUUUGAAAACGAACGUAGCCGUAAUGGCACAACAGCGAAAAUUGGUCAGUUUGCAGAGAUAAUAUUCAAAACAGAUCUGUAAAAUAAAGAGCGAUGUUCCUCGUUUUGUCAGGAAUGCAGGAGGGCAAAAAGUCCGACCUUCCCAGGUGGAAUCGGACCACAGAACUUCUGAUUUCACUGUUGCUCACCAUUCCCUCACAUGACGGUUUAGUCGUUACAAACAAAUGCUUGUCACGAGUGGAUGCUCUAGUAAUGAUCUAACUCACAAAAGUGUCUCUAUAUCUCAGUAACAGAGCAUGGGCGUAUGAAACCCGAAGGAAUUUGGUCGUGUCGCAUACGGGGAUUCAGGUUUAUUUUUGUUCCACGCUCGUGACAAAAUGAGUUACAUCUUUAUUCCACGACCAAGCACAAAACAAUGCAGUUUCGCUAUUUCCGGUCCAUCGUUCAUGACUUCCGAUAGCUCGAAACUGUUUCGAUUUUACCUGUAGGUUCGUAAUUGGACUGUGUACCUAUAAAAUAUAACUGUUUAGUGCUCUCCGUGUGGUCAGUGGACUAUGAGUCUACUGGAAGGAUGGGAGACAAUGCUGCGUUGUAAUAGAUGGUAGGCAGCAUAUUUAUUUUGAAGUAUUUAUAACUAACUUGACCAGUCUUUUUAAUAUUAUCUACGUAAAAAAGGAAACAGCUCAAUGCAGGAAAUAAUUUAAUUUGUCCAAACAAAUGCUAAUAGUUCAUUCUAUCUCAGAACUUAAUAAAAUAGUCUUUAAAAAAUA